CCUCUGCUUACGUGAUUAAUGCGGCGCGUUUAGGAAAUGUUUUGCAGUGCGCGUGCAGUGUUGAGGAGGAGGUGGGCAAUGGGGAUAGUUGGCCAUAAUCCUUUGUUUGGUCACGGCUCGGCCUUUGUCAGAAAAUAAAGCACGUUUGCUGAUAAUAGCUCUUCUUGCUCUCAUGUAGCUUCUCAUACUGUUCAUAUCCUUAUGGUGACUCAGACUGGGAACAUUGAGACUGUCCUUGUUCAAGCAAGUUACAACUAGUGCCGAUUUUAUCGAAGAUUUAAAACGAAGUUGAUUUUUACCUUAGUGCAACUCAUCCUUGGAGAAUUGGAUGGAAUAAUCCACAUUUUAAUAAUCUCCAUACAAGUCCAACUUAAAUUAAAUUUAAACUUCAUUACCAAGCCUUUGAUAGCUACCAUGGACUGCAACAGGGAAGAACUACUGGCCAAUUUUCAGGCCUGUACUGGUAUCGAUGACGUGGGCGAGGCGCUCGCCCACUUGGAGCAGACCGGCUGGAACCUGGUGGAGGCUGUGAACCGAGUGAUACCGCAGGACUCGCAGGUGGUGCCACCUGUCGGCGACGGUGUGCAGAUUCAGGAGCUGAACCAGCCGCCAGAUGUCAGUGUGGGCGUCUCGGUGGCGUUCGGGGACGACCCUAGCGACCCGCUGGCCGAGCAGCCGGUGACCCCGCUGAGAAUUAUGUACUAUGGCCGUAUGCUGGAGAUCACACUGCCCUCCUCGGAGACCGUCUCCACGCUGAAGAUCGUGCUGCAGGCGCAGACGGACAUGCCGCCGUGUCAGCAGGACCUGCGGCUGGAUGGCCAGCCGCUGAGUGACGGCACGGUGCAGCUGGCCGCGCUGCCGGCCGGCCAGGUCCUCACACUGCAGCAGGGGACCAUCGGAGGCGGCACUGAGAGCGACGCGGCCGGCCGACCCGGUCCGUCCACAUCAGGACUGAGCGGUCCGGCGCCUCCGGCCGGCACCGUCAGCCACCUGCUCACAGUGAACGACAUGUCGACGGGCCGGCAGUUCAGCAUGCCCGCCUCGGCGACCACCACCGUCGGCCAGAUUAAGACGGACGUGGCGGCGCUGACCGAGUGGCCGGUCAGCCAGCAGAGCUGGACCGGCUGGCCAGAGUACGCCACGGACGCGAGUACGCUGGCCGACACAGGGAUUGGGACGACACACACGCUGUCAGUGACACGACUCCCCCCGCCCGGGUCAGCUGCAACAGCGUCAUCGGCGCCGCCAACAGUGGAUGUUACCAGCGACACGUCGUCCGUCGAGUACCAGGAUGCCGCCGAGGCGUUCGACGACGCCGACGAUGUGCUGUUUGUUCAGGAGGACCGGCCCAAACGUGUCCCGCUAGUACCCGAGGACACUGAGGACGAGCUGGCGGGCGUGCUACACUUCACCGAGCAGUUCGAGGUGCGGUACGGCCCGUGCCACCCGAGCUUCUACCAGGGCACGCUGGCAGAGGCGGCCGAGGAGGCGUGCACUAAACCAGUCAACGAGCGGCGGAUGUUGGCCAUCUACCUGCACCACGACGGAAGCGUGCUCUCCAACGUGUUCUGCUCGCAGCUGCUGUGCUCAGAGUCGAUCGUCUCCUACCUGACCAGCAACUUCAUCGUCUGGGGCUGGGACAUCACAUUCUCCAGCAAUCAGAACAAAUUCCUGGACCGCGUGACGGCGCAGUUCGGCGCUCGGACGCGCGAGGCGCUGCUCAUGUCGAUGGACCGGGAGCGGCUGCCGCUGCUGCUGCUGCUGAUGCGCAGUCGCAGCUCCACCGAGGUCCUGAGCGCCGUGCACGGCAACACGUCCGUAGACGAGCUGAUGGGAACGCUCAUCCACACACACGAUAUGUUCGGCCAGCAAAUGGCCAUCGAGGCGCGCGAGGAGCAGGAGCGGCGCGCGCGGGAGAACAUGAUGCAGGAGCAGGACCGCGCCUACCAGGAGUCACUGCUGGCUGACAGAGCGAAAGAGGAGGCCCGACGAGCCGAGCGGGAAGAGCAGGAGAAAAUCGAAACUGCGGAACGGAAGGAACGAGAGCGGCAGGAGAGCAUCAAACAGGCUGAAGAGGCCAUGAGACAGGCUGUUCGUGAGUCUCUCGAGUCUGACCUGCCGCCGGAGCCGCCGGAGAAGUGUGACCAGCCCAUCACCACCAUCCGGAUACGGUCCCCGGACGGCGCCAGUUUCUGCCGACGCUUCCUCGCCUCCGACCGGCUCCUGGAUCUGCUGAACUACGUCGUUGUCCAGGGGUUCCCGAUGGACCAGUAUAAGCUCAUCAGCAGUUGGCCCCGCAGGGAUGUAUCCAGUCUAGACAAUUCGGCGUCGCUGGAGGCGCUCAAGCUGUGCCCUCAAGAGACGCUCAUGUUAGAAGAAAGGUGACUGUCGGCAGCGUGAGCCGACAGCCUAUGUAUCCCCUCCCCUCCCCUUGCCGCCCUCAGCACACACACACAGACACAGAGACACACAUACAGAGACACGGAGGUCGAGGGCACGCGGCGGUAUUGCGCGCUGAACUGUACAGUGUACGGUGUGGAAGUGCGGCUAAGAUGGCGGUCCCCUGCUCCGCGCGGCCCCUGCCACUCGUGUUGCUCCUCCGUGUCAAAUUAAAUACAUGCUGAGCCCGGC